AUGAAGACUUUGAAAUUUGUGACCGGAAAUCCUAACAAGAUCAUCGAAGUUAAUGCAAUUCUUCAUGGAUUAAUACACGUCGAGCCGGUGGCGUUGGAUAUUCCAGAGAUCCAGGAGUCUCUGGAGGAGAUCGCCAAAGAUAAAUGCCGGCGCGCUGCUGAAAUGAUCAGGGGUCCUGUUAUUGUGGAGGACUCAGCAUUGGAGUUCCAUGCUAUGAAUGGACUCCCUGGUCCUUAUAUUAAAUAUUUUCUAGAGUCUCUUGGAAAUGAUGGGUUGAAUAAGCUUCUAUACGCCUAUAGCGAUAAAUCUGCAGAAGCUGUAUGCACAUUUGCCUUUUCAGCUGGUCCUGAAAUGGAGCCCUUGGUUUUUCAAGGAAGACUCGAGGGAAAAAUUGUUCCUGCAAGAGGCCCUCCUAUUUUUGGUUGGGAACCAAUCUUUGAGCAUCAAGGCGAGACCCUCGCGGAAAUGGCGCAUGAGAAAAAAAACAAGUUGUCUCAUAGAUACCAGGCCUUAUUCAAGUUUCAAGAAUGGCUGGCACAGGCAGAGAACCGAUCCCUUUUGUCCGAAGGUGAUCCAAUUUAG